AGGCAAGGAAUUUGUCAGUCAGAAAUCUGUCAGUGGUCGUGGAGCAUCGGCAGGGGAGUUGAAUUUUUGGUGCUUUUUUCAAAGUAGUUUUGUUGUACCGAUAGCAACGAAAAAAAAUAAGAGAACAUCGUCGAGUCUAGAAAAUUUGAAGUGAUCCUGGUUGACGUGUCGUUGGGUGUGAACGGAGGAGAGGAAAUUAGUGUACCCAGGAAGUAAUAGUCGACGAGUGCUCAAAAAUGGCUGGAAGAUUGGCAGGACAGACUAUAAACGAUAGGCUUUUAGCAGCCCGACAUAGCAUAGCCGGUCAGGGAUUAGCCAAGUCCGUUUGCAAGGCUACCACCGAGGAGAUGAUUGGCCCCAAGAACAAGCAUUUAGACUAUUUGGUGCAGUGCACAAACGAGCCGAACGUUUCCAUACCGCAAUUAGCGAAUUUAUUAAUAGAGAGAUCCCAGAACGGCAAUUGGGUGGUGGUCUACAAGGCGCUUAUCACUGCACACCACAUGAUGUGCUAUGGAAACGAGAGGUUCACACAAUAUUUGGCAUCGAGCAACAGUAGUUUUCAACUGAGCAGUUAUCUGGACAAAAGUGGAGUGCAAGGGAUGCUGAGUGUUAGAACCGGGUACGAUAUGUCGCCGUUCAUCCGAAGAUAUGCGAAAUAUUUGAACGCCAAGGCCAUGUCGUACAGGACUGUUGCGUUCGAUUUUUGCAAGAAGCGAAGCAACAACGAGGAUGGUAUGCUGAGGACAAUGAACACAGAUAAAUUACUGAAGACACUGCCUGUGCUUCAAACCCAAUUGGACUCGCUGCUCGAGUUUGACUGCUCCCUAAAUGACCUGACCAAUGGCGUUAUAUACAUGUGCUUUGUACUGCUCUUUAGGGAUUUAAUUAGACUCUUCGCGUGCUACAACAAUGGUAUUAUUAAUUUAUUAGAAAAAUUCUUCGAUAUGAAUAAGAAACAGGGCAGAGAGGCUUUGGAGAUCUACAAGAAAUUCCUGAUACGGAUGGAUCGUGUAGGGGAGUUCCUUAAAGUUGCAGAAAAUGUCGGCAUCGAUAAAGGAGAUAUUCCGGAUCUCACGAAAGUGCCCAGUAGUCUUUUGGAAGCGCUGGAGCAACACCUGGCCGCUCUAGAGGGCAAGAAAUCGUCGGCUUCGAGCACUCCCUCACAAAGCAAUCAGAAGAAUGUCCGAUCAGCUGUAACAGCUCUAUCUUCCACUAGCUCCAGUUUUGGAACGAUCGUGGCAAACGGACGCUUCGAUACUCAAAACGGCAUCGAUGAGAAUUUGAAGUUGCAGGUUUUGGCGGAAGAAGAGGCUGCUAUGAAUCAGUUCAAGACAAAAGUUCAUUCUCCGACAAAUUCCAUCACGAUGAACAAUCCGUUUUAUGCUAGUAGCAACGGAAGCAACUCAUCGGUUGCUACACCCAAAAUUCCAGCAUCGCCGGCUUUGGAUCUCUUCGUUUCUGAAACUCAAGCAGUGCAAAAUCAAGCGAGGCCAUCGGACGAUCUACUGCAAUUGAACAAUCCAUUCGCCGAUGCAUUUGCACAGCCAACAACAACGAAUCCCAUGAACGCAUUCCAACUGCCGGCGAUGAUGCAACAGCAGCCCAAUAAUGUCAACGCAUGGGUCACAAAUGGAAAUGGCUAUUCAACGGCAAGUACUAUUCAGCAGACGGCGCAAAACGGAACUUUCGUCUCGGAAAGCAGCUUCCAAUCAGUUUUCGGUAAUCCCGAUGUUAAAACUGCUGAAGGCACUAAUACACCCCAGUCUUUCAAUCCUUUCCUGGUAGAAGAUACCGAACCGUCCCUCAUGCUAGAUAACGAUUCCCCGACCCGGUCGAAGCCUUUGCAAGAGGUGAUUAGUUACUUCCAGAAGGAUUCCACUAUCGAGAACUUGAAUUUAACGCCAAGUAACGAGGCUGACGUUAAAUCUGAUGAUAAACUUAGAGUUAACCAAAGUUUGAAUCUAGAUAGACGGAAUUCCGGGAGUAGCGUCAAAGACAGGCCACCGAGACCACCGCCUCCGGUACUAAAGCUUCCCGUCACUCCCGAUCCUCCCGCAAAGAUCUCUUGCUCCCCAGAAACUAGCUCUACUACUACUUCUACUACUACUACUAUGCUCACUGCCAGUGAAGAUCUGCCUAUUAUUUCACAAACCAUUGAUUCGGGUUUUGAUGCACUAGGUGGAGUUUUACAGCCGACCUCUAAACAAGACGGACAAUCAUCCAACAACAAUGCGACGAACAUCGGUAACUCAAAUAGCCAGUCCUCCAGUGCCUUACUUACCGGCGAUUUGGAGUCCAGCUUAGCGUCACUCGCUGAAAAUUUGUCCAUAAACAGUAGACAAGUUCCAGUCAAGGAGAUACAAUGGAAUUCACCGAAGAACGGUUCAAAAGUAGGUGGCAACUGGACACCUCAGCAUAUUUCCGCCACUACUUGCGCCGGUUAUAAACCAAUGAACCAGUCGAUGGCAGCCACGCAACAACCAUUGGGUCAGCCGAAUAUGUUUGCAGCCAUGCAACCAAUAAUGGGUAUGCAUCAAAUGGUAAACAAUCCCAUGUUACCACCCAGACAAGGGAUGCCAGCUAGGGCAAGCCCGAUGAGCCCUCAGCAAUCCUUACUUUUCCAAUAAUUCGUAAAAUCUUAAGCAAAAUCAUCUAUUGGAUAUUUAAUGUAAAGGGCACGAAUGAUGUUUGUUUCUAUUUUUAAUUUUGUUUUGUAUAUAUUGAGGUGUGCUACAAAGACAGAUAGAGAAAAACAAAUCGUGUAUGUCCCUCUGCUUCAAAGUCUCGUAUCUCGAACCAGUAAAAAGACAUGGGUACAAUCAUAUACAAUACUAUUUUCUUUUUCUUAUAUCAAGUUUCAUUUAUAAAAUUCGAUUAUUUCUUAAUGUUUAUUAUGUUUCUUGGCCAACAUAAGUAAUCAACUAGCACUUAUUUUUUGAAGUAUAUGUCAAUUGCAAGUGUGUCAAUGGUGUUGCAUAUGUAACCGUUCUAAAGGAUAAUCAUUUAUUUUGCUCACCUUGCUUCCGGGGAAUUGAUGUUUAUUUUUUAUGGAAGCACGGUGCUGAAAUUAUGUUACAAUAUUACAUAUCAUGUAAUCUGGGGGAAGUAAAUUUGUUUAAAAAAAAUAUAUAUGAGAAGAAACAAUAUAUCUAUAUUAAAGAAAUUAAACAAGUACGACAAUAAAUAUGAUAUCUACUUAAUUGUGAUGGAAACAUGGAAAUUAUUUAUAUUCGUACAUGAAGUAGUAUAAUAUUGAAAACGUUUAUUUACGCCACACAAACUGUGUUUUGUUUUUGGCCUUAUUCUCGUUUUUGUUCUACGCCAUAUGAAAUUAUUUUGUUAUAUACGUGUAUCUUCAAUACUGAAUAAAUAUGCACAUGGAGUUUGAAGAUUUAUUGCAUAGCUAUUUUUGUAUAUAUUUAAAAUGAGAGGAGAACGUAAAUGAAUUGAUAAACAAUCAACGUGGUGGACACAUUGUUUAUCUUAUCGUAAUCAUCAUCAUUAUUAUAAUUGUAAUAUCUUGAUGCGAAUAUUAAUAAACGAUCAGAGGAGGAUAACGCUGCGAUUAUUAUUAUUAUGUUUAUUC